GUGCCGCUAAAUUCCACUAUAAAAGGAGAACCCACCUCCCCAUCAGUGAAGAGGUAGCCAUUGGAGCUCAACCCAAGAGCGGAUACUGGAGAAAAAGGAAACAGAAGAGAUGGGUUGUUCUUGCUCCAAUGGCGCUAUCUUGAUGGUGGUGUUGUUGGUGGUGGUGCUUCUAGGGGUCGCCGGAGUCCCUUCUGUGUUGGGACAGAGUCCGGUGUUUGCCUGUGAUGCGGGCAAGAGCCCAAGUGUGAGUUCAUUUGGUUUCUGUGAUGCGUCGCUGGGGAUAGAUGAGAGGGUGAAGGACUUGGUCGGAAGGCUGACAUUGGACGAGAAAGUUGGGUUCUUGGUGAACAAGGCAGGGGCUGUUUCUAGGCUUGGGAUUCCUGCUUAUGAAUGGUGGUCUGAGGCCUUACAUGGCGUCUCCUAUGUUGGUCCAGGAACCCAUUUUUCUAGCCAGCUUGUUCCUGGAGCUACCAGCUUCCCCAUGGUCAUUCUUUCUGCUGCUUCUUUUAACGCUUCCCUGUGGGAAGCAAUGGGAAAGGUCGUCUCAACAGAAGCUCGAGCCAUGUAUAAUGUCGGAUUAGCAGGACUGACAUAUUGGAGUCCAAAUAUUAAUGUAUUCAGAGAUCCAAGAUGGGGCAGGGGACAGGAAACCCCAGGUGAAGAUCCUUUACUUACUGGUAAAUAUGCCGUCCACUAUGUCAGAGGAUUGCAGCAGACGGAUGGGGGGGAUCCAAAUAGGCUCAAAGUUGCUGCCUGCUGCAAACAUUAUACAGCAUACGAUGUCGACAAUUGGAAGGGGAUUCAGCGGUACACCUUCAAUGCUCAGGUAACUAAACAAGACAUGGAUGAUACAUUUCAGCCUCCAUUCAAGAGCUGCGUGAUUGAUGGGCAAGUUGCCAGUGUCAUGUGUUCUUAUAAUAAAGUAAAUGGUAUCCCAACAUGUGCUGAUCCAGACCUCCUAGCUGGAACUGUGAGAGGAGACUGGAAACUUGACGGAUACAUCGUUUCUGACUGUGAUUCCGUUGAUGUGCUAUAUAAUUCUCAACACUACACCAAGACUCCAGAGGAAGCCGCCGCAAAAAGCAUAAUGGCAGGAUUGGAUCUUAACUGCGGAAAAUUCCUUGGCCAAUAUACAAUGGGGGCUGUGAAGGCUGGAAUCUUGAACGAGUCGGCCGUUAACACCGCCAUUGCUAACAACUUCAGGGUGCUGAUGCGACUAGGAUUUUUUGAUGGGGAUCCAAGCAAGCAGCCUUAUGGUAAUUUGGGUCCAAAAGAUGUGUGCACUCCCCAGAACCAGGAAUUAGCAGCAGAAGCUGCAAGACAGGGCAUAGUUUUGCUUAAGAACAGUAAAGGAUCACUCCCACUGUCGGCAUCAUCAAUCAAAUCCCUGGCUGUGAUCGGACCAAAUGCAAAUGUCACCAAAACCAUGAUAGGAAACUAUGAAGGCGUUCCUUGCAAGUAUGUUACUCCUCUUCAAGGGCUCUCUGCUUACACUUCAACCGUCUACCAACCUGGUUGUCUCAGUGCAUGGUGUCCACCCAACAACUUCCAACCUGAUGCUGCAGUAAAGGCGGCUUCAGCUGCAGAUGCCACAGUCUUAGUCGUCGGUGCAGAUCAAUCUGUCGAGGCCGAGGGCCGCGACAGGGUCGACCUGACGCUUCCUGGCCAGCAGCAGCAGCUCGUUUCCCAGGUCGCCGAUGCUUCAAAAGGCCCCGUAAUUCUUGUCAUCAUGUCCGGCGGGCCGUUCGACAUUUCCUUCGCAAAAGCUUCGGACAAAAUCAGCAGCAUCCUUUGGGUGGGAUAUCCCGGAGAGAAGGGAGGAAGUGCCAUUGCUGAUGUCAUUUUCGGAAAGUAUAAUCCAAGUGGAAGACUCCCAGUGACAUGGUACCCUCAGUCAUUUGCAGACAAAGUUCCAAUGACAAACAUGAACAUGAGGCCUGAUCCUUCAACAGGAUACCCGGGCCGGACUUACCGGUUCUACACAGGUGACACAAUCUAUUUGUUUGGUGAUGGAUUGAGCUAUACACAGUUCAAUCACCGCCUGGUUCGCGCACCCAAGCUCGUCUCUCUGGCGCUUGAAAGUGGACACCCCUGCCUCUCCCAGAACUGCAAAGAUGUAGACAUGGCUGAGAACAUGUGCCAAGAUUUGGCCUUCGACGUUCACCUUAGUGUGCAGAACGUUGGACAGAUGCACGGAAGCCAUACAGUGUUCCUCUUCUUUACUCCGCCUUCAUACACAGGAAGCUCACCCAAGAAGCAGCUUCUUGGAUUCGAGAAGGUUUUCGUGGGGUCUAAAAGCGCAGAGCUGGUUCGUUUUCGUGUGGAUGUAUGCAAGGACUUAAGCACAGUCAGUGAACUCGGCGAGAGAAAGCUGCAGCUGGGUUCGCAUAUUCUUCAUAUUGGUAGCUUGAGGCAUUCUUUGAGUGUGAGUGUGUGAUCCAUUGGGUUGCCAUGGACCUGGUCUGCUCAAAUCAAAGUGUGAUGGGCUAGGUUUGAGGAUCAGUGGCCAUGGAGAAUAACCAGCUUCCAAAGCAAAGGGAAGUUGAGAUCAUUGUUAAGAAGCAAAAGUAUUGUUUUUUUCUGAUGUGUGCAACAAGCUUGUUACUUUUAUGAAUUGAAAUGAAUCUCUCUUUUGGUUGUUUAAAUUUUAUGUGAAAUCUUGAGCAAGACUCUUGUUAUA